AUGUGUAUUGCUAAUCUGAUGCUAGUAGUGGUCGUGUUAUGGACUGGAUCCUUAACACUGGCCAGUCCUCGACGCCAACCCAAUAUCAUGAAAAAGUUUUGGGGAAAACCCGUUUGUAAAAAGUAUGAUCUGAUUGAGAACGCUGAAUGGAUACAAAGAGAUAGCUGUGAGGAAAAUAAACGUUUUAAAUGCCGAAAAGGUUACCAAUUACUAGUCCAAACUAGCUGUAAAAAAGGAGAAUGGUGUUUGGAACCAUCAUGUCAACGUAACGUACCAACUGAAUAUAAGUACAAGUUUAAGUACUCAAAUGAGACAACUUUAGGAACCAGGCCGUUUAAGACUAUCAUAUUAUCUGUUCAGGAGAAUUGUGAUGAAAAGUGUAAAAAUGAUAGCAACUGUACUGCUGGAUAUCUAGAAGGCAGGAGAAGAUGUGAAUUUUAUCCAGAACCAAUCAUCUUCGUGUCAUUGGAUUCAUUUCGGGACGAAUGUAUAAAUUGGUGUACCGAGAGGAUUGAAUGUGUAACAUUAAGUCAUGAUAGGAGUGGAGAUGGGUAUUGUUAUUUAUUUAACGUUACCCUCGAUCAGAUACCUGAAAACAUGAAGAAUCCUUACGAAAUGGUUGAUACCUUAGCAGAAAAAGUCUGUGAAUAA